AAAGUUUAACAUUUGUGGGUUAAAUACAAGUGUAUAAACUAGUAACUUUCAAUGUAAAGAUAUCAUGGAACUGUUAAUAAAACUGAGUUUAGUGGGAUGUACAAUUCUGAUGUUGUUCGAGGGACUUGAACCUCUUCGCAGAGCACCGACCUUGCCUCCAUGGGCGCAUCGCAUGUCCCAGUACGAUUGCCAUUUAUGGAGGACUUGCACGCCAGGCGGACCGCAGACCUGCGCGUGGGACGAAUUGCAGGGAUUGCUGAAAUGGUUUGACGACAUUUGCGAUAUGUAUCUAAGGAACUGCGAAAGUCAAGGAACAAGCUCUUUUAUCGUUCAACACAACCGGGUAUGCCAACUGAAGGAAAGAGCCCUUAUUGAUAAAAUGCCAGUGGACGAAACCGACCUGCCCGUGAUUCCAACUCGGCCGACGCGUGUACUACGAGGCAAAAACAGGACGAAGGAGUGGUGGUGGCAAGGAUCCACUACCAACCAAUACCAAUACCUUUACACACUCGAGGUAGAGGAGGGAAAAUAGCCGCUUAAAAAUCUUGAGAGCUUUUUUUCUCUCUCUCGAGAACUCUCAAGUUCGUGUGGUCAAUAAAAAAAGAAUUACUUUGCAAUUAUAUUUUAUAAUUGUAUAA